UCUCUCUAAUAAACACAAAACCACUACUUCGCUUCAGAAUCAGUAAAGAGUAGGUUUUUGAUCCGCUGAUUCUGCGAGAAUCACUCAUAAGAGGAAAAYAGUCUCAACCGAGACUCGUAGCUUUGUCUCAUCCGAAUCCAUAAGCAAGUGUAAACCUGGCUGAAGCAGCCUGCACACUGUCUGCUACUAGGAUGUCAUCUACGCCAGUCGCUGAAAACUGGUGUUACACUCAGAUAAAAGUCAUUAAAUUUUCAUAUAUGUGGACAAUAAAUAAUUUUAGCUUUUGCCGAGAAGAAAUGGGAGAGACAUUAAAAAGUUCGACGUUCUCUGCUGGAGCUAAUGAUAAAAUGAAAUGGUGUUUACGUGUUAAUCCCAGAGGUCUUGACGAAGAAAGCAAGGAUUAUCUUUCCCUGUACCUUCUACUUUUAUUAUGCAAUAAAAGUGAAGUCAGAGCAAAGUUUAAAUUCUCUAUUCUGAAUGCCAAUAGAGAGGAAACAAAAGCAAUGGAGAGCCAAAGAGCGUACAGAUUUGUCCAAGGAAAGGACUGGGGAUUCAAGAAGUUCAUCAGAAGAGAUUUUCUAAUGGAUGAAGCUAAUGGAUUGUUACCAAAUGAUACUUUAACCCUAUUUUGUGAGGUUAGCGUAGAAGGAGAUUCCGUAAACGUGUCUGGUUCAUCACAUUCUUCAGCGUUAAAAGUCCCAGAUUGCAAGCUGUCAUCUGACAUGGAGAAACUGUUGACUAAUGGGUCAUUCAGUGACACAGUCUUAGUAGUCGAUGGACGGGAGUUCUAUGCACACAAAGCCAUCCUAGCAGCAAGAUCACCGGUUUUUAAUGCCAUGUUUGAACACGAAAUGAAAGAAAGCCGUAAGGGAAGAGUCGAAAUAUCCGACAUUGAUCCCGAUGUGUUCAACGAGAUGUUAAAAUUCGUAUACACUGGAAAUACGCCGCAGAUACAAGGGAUGGCGGAAGAUUUGCUUGCUGCUGCUGAUAAAUAUGACCUCGAACGGCUGAAAGUAAUGUGCGAAGAGGCAUUAUGUAAUAAUCUAACAGUGGAUAAUGUAUGUGAUGUACUCAUCUUAGCUGAUAUGCAUAGCGCAAAGCAACUGAAAGGACAAUCCCUUGACUUUAUCAAUAGUCAUGCUGCAGAAGUCAUGGAAUCUACUGGUUGGAAAACUCUGCUGUGCGACCAGGCUCAUCUAAUCGCUGAAAUAUUCAAGUCAUUUUUAGCUUCUACUCAGACCCCUUGCAUAGGCCCUCCUCGUAAAAGACAAAAGACUGCAUAAAAAAACCAAUAUAGUUUUCAAAAUUUUUCUAACGAAAGUUUAACUUGUAUCAUAGUCCAUGUAAAUAGUAGAUAUCGUUCUUAUUGGUGUAAACGUCCGUGCCGUAACGGUCUUGGGAUAACGACGACAAAUGAUGGUUUUUUGCGACAAUCAUAUUUAUACUCUGUCUUCUGUAUAUAUCUGAGUCCUAGACAGUAACGUACGAAUGGAUAGUCGAUUCAAGGAACCAAGAUAAAGCAAAGGAUUUCAUGUGUCUUCUAUUUACGGCAGUUGGAUCCAAAGCGACCAUAUAUCGACAUUCRCUAUAUGUAUUGGCAUACAUAACAGAUGGAUUUCAUAAAGGCGAGUCUGUUGUCUGUAUUCACCAAAUUGAAGGAAAAAUAAACUUCGACUCGAAAAGGUUGAAUCAUCAAAACUAA